AUGAUAAUGACGAGGUUAAACGUUAUGGAAGAUAAACCGGAAAAAUUAAAGCAAAGAUUUAUUGUGGAAACAAUAACAAUGACGACUGUCACGGAAAGAAGAAUUGUUACGGAAUCCACGGAUUCGAAUGGACAACAAACGGAAAUACCAGAAGAAUCAUCUAAAAGAAUUGGAAUACUCAAAGGUGGUAAAUAUUGGAAAAAUUCAGCGGAAAAAAACAAUUGUGAUAAAAUUGUUAAUUAUAAUGAUGACGUCAGUAUAAAAACGUCACCUUUGAAUGAUGAUGAUGAUGACGAUGGUGAUGGGAUGUCAUCAGAAGAAAAUGAAAAAAUCGGUAAAGUGAUGACGUUACAAAACCCGGAUGAUGAUGGUAACAACAGAGAUGUUGUCACCUCGGAUGAAUCUUUGAUCAAACAACCACCGGAAACAACACUAAUGAGUCCAGAAUCAGCAGAAUUGACUCUCACAUUCAAAUUAGGACAACACAUGCUUGUAUCGAAUAGUUUAAAACCAAAUUCGGCAAUGAGACAAUUAUUUCCCGGACCGAGAUUUUUAUCACCACCACCACCGGAAGAUAUCGAAACAAACGAUACGAAUAAAUCCAAACAACAACAACCGCAGCAACAACAACAACAACAGCAAUUUUUAGUUACCGCAGAAAGUUUAAAAUUAUUCGAAGAAUCUAAAAAAUCAAAAUUUUUAAGUAAAUUAAACGCUGAUGAUUCCGAACACGGUUAUAUAUCCAUCACGUCCUCAUCGUCACCAUCUAAAAACGAUGAUAAUUUUACGACAAACGGAAUACAUAGAAUGAUAGAAAGAAACACUUUGAGAAGAAGUUUGGUUAAAUAUUCAUACGAGUAUAGAAAUAAAAGAUUAUCGGAAAAAAAGAAAAAUGAAAAUUCAUUAGAAGAAAGAAUAAGACAAUUAACCUGCGGAAUCGAUGAUGAUGAUGAUGAUGAAGGAGGAAGAGGAGGAGAUGAAAAUUCGGUUGUCGAAACGGGUAAUGAUGGUGAAAAUUCAAUGCUGUCGAGAUCGAGUCCACAAGGAUGUGAAGAAUUUAAAGAAAUUGAAAAUAAUACUACUUCCGGUGAUGUUAAAAUAAUUAAUCAACCGGAAGUAUCGACGACGACGACAACAACAACAACCCUAACAAACGUUCCAACACAAUUAAAUUCAUCAUAUACUUCUGGUAAUUCGACUUAUAAAAAAUUAACGGAUUUAUUUUCUAGAAAAAUCAAUCCGCCACCUCCAUCUACUCCUACUCCUACCCCUUCUUCUUCUUCUUUGACCCCUCUUCCUCAACCAAUCAUCGAAGAUAUUAAUCGUAAUAUAAAAAAUGAAGGUUCUAAUUUACACUGCGAUCUAGUUUUAAAUAGUGAAAAUAUAAAUAAUGUUUACCCCCAUAAUAAUUUAAGAAAUUCAUUUGGUAAAAAUUACGGUCCAAGACCACCCCCAUCUACGUCAGAUACUAAAAAACAAUUUUUAUCAACGUUGGCACCACUUACGGCAUGCGUUAAUCCGGAAGAAAGUGAAAAAUUUGUCGAAAGGUGUAGAUUGAUUGAAGCCGGUGGUAGAAUUCCAUCGUUCGGAAGAGAUCAAUCCGAGUAUUCGUUAAAAGACGUAGAAGAAGGUUUGAAAGAUUUCGAACAGAAGAAAUUAGGUAAUCAACCUGACGUCAUUGCGGAAACGCCACAAAACGAAACACCGAACGACGAAUUGGCAUUGUUCGUGCAACAGGAUUCGAAAAGGAUGGAAAAAAUUAAAAAAAGAUACAGCGCGUCCGAUGAUAAAUCCGAUGAUGAUGAUGAUUACGGAUUUAAUAAAAGGCCGUUUGUUAAAGGUGUCGUUACAUCCCAAUUGACUCCGGCAACGGAUAAUCCACAACCGAAACAACAACCAUCCAAUCCUAGACUCGUUUGUCCGAAUAAUAAACCGAGUAUAACGACAGCCACCGGUUCGACCGUUUACACAACUUGGCCUUAUUAUUCCCAGGAAAAUUGCGAUGCCAAACAUAGACAAUAUUGUACGUUAAAACAAACGGAAGAAAGUAAUACGUAUAAAUUGUACAGUAGUAGUCCGCAGCAAGAGUACAGAGCUUAUGCGGAAGGAAGUGCCAACUAUGCCGAAUUUAAAGGAGUCGGACAGCAGAGGAUAAAUUAUGUUAAUCAACAAGGACAACAGCAAAAUAUAUAUUCCACUACGAAUACUUAUUAUCGAUGUCAUCCUAUUAGGUUCGGAGGAUAUUCUGAACUAUCCAAUUAUCAAUUUCGUCAUCCUCCUCAUUCGCCACCCCCUAUGAGGCGAAUACUACCCCCACCACAACCGAGUCCGAAUUCUUCUUCGGAAGAUUUUAAAUUAAAACCUAAAAAUCGUGUAUUCGUUAAUAAAAAUACUGCCGAUGAAUAUUGUCCUGCUGCUGCUGCUGUUGCUGCUGCUCCUCCUCCUUCUUCUCUUCCUCCUGGAGUAGACGUUUGUAACAGGCCUAAAAUUCCAGAUGGUUCUAACGUGAUUUCAUCUCCGCCUGAAGAAAUUAUGAAACCGCCGGAAACGAUUUUUCAUCGUACUGUACCGGGAGCUGUACACAAUCCGUGUUUGCAGAUGAAAUUUUCUCCUGUAAAUUAUCAUCAAGGAGUCAUACCGACGGCUAGCAUACGUUUUUCCGCAACGUGUUCUCCUCAUUCGAUAGUAGACGAAUCAAACGUCAUCAUCGAACCUCAUUAUUCGACGUUUCCAAAUCCGCAAAAUCAAAACACGGUCGGAGUUAUUCGAGUGGAACAGGGUCAACAAAUGAUCAGAGUUCCAGUACCCUAUGCUACGGGAGCACCAGUGCAAGUUCAUUUGAUGGCUGGACGCAUAGGAAGAUGCGAUAGUCCUCAAAGGCCGAGUUCUCCUCAGGGUGCGGUUAAAAUCCCCGGUCAACCCUAUAAUCAUUAUUUCAUAGCCAAAGGUACACAAACGGCUCAGACGUAUUCGACGACCGCGAUCCGCCCUGUACCACCGCAAAAUUCCAUUGUUGAAAGACCUCAAACGAUCGAACCGGUGAAUAAAACGGUGGAUUUUGAAAAACAGGGAAAAGCCAUAGCCGAAGAAUUACAACACAGACAACAAAAAUUGGCACUCUCGAGAAGUUUAAGUCAAGAAGCUAAUUAUUUAACGAAAAUAACACCGAGACCACCUUCUCCGAACAAUCCUAUCGUUCAACAAGAAAGGGGAGUUCCAGAGGGUGCAGCAAGUUCAUCCGUACAAGAUUCGCAACCCCUCCCUCCACCCCCACCACCCAAACAAGAAAAUUCAGUUUCAACACCUGCUGGAAAUACUAUUUAUUACACAAUGAACGUCUGA